CUAUGCUUUGCGAUGGUCUGACAAGUGGAUCCAAGAUGGCGUAGAAAGUAAAGCUAGACGUUUUGUCCCUGAGUCAUGGCGGACAGGAGAGCGGAGAAGUCAUGUGAAGAAGCCAGCAGAUCGUUAGUCAGGCGGGAGUACGAGGCGGCAGUCAGCCACAGCACGGACGCCCUGGUGGUCCUUGCACCCCAAGCCCCAUCAUCUGGUGCCCCUGUCCCGCCAAGCCCUCCAGCCCUUGUCGCUGCCGCCGGACCCCUCCGCAGCCGUGCCCUGCUCUACCGCAUUGCUGCCUUCUUGCAGCUGAAAAACUAUGAUGAAGCAGAUGAAGACUGUAAACAUGUCCUGGCAGAAGAGAUUGCCAGGGGAGAUGGUUCGCUUCAGGCCAGCUUGCGCUCCAUGCUGUUGGAUGGCAGCCUGCAGGAGGUGGCCAGCAUCCUCUCUAAAGCCUUGUAUGGAGAGCCAAUGAAUGGCAUUGUCGCAAAAGACCUUACCAGAUUAAAAAUGCUCUUGUCAGAGAUAGAGGCUAUAAAUAGGGAGAUGGCACCAGAAUACACAGAUGACCAGGAGGAAGAGGUCCAAGAUGGCUGGCAGUUCCGGCCUCCUCCCCGAGGAGUCACCAGCAGUGAGGAGUACACCCUCUGUAAAAGGUACUUGGAGCAGGGCCUGUGUCGGUACGGGGCCCAGUGUACAUCAGCCCACUCUCAGGAGGAGCUGAUGGAAUGGCAGAAGCGCUAUGCGUCACGCCUCAUCCGGCUCAAACAGCAGCAGGAGAGCAAACACUUCACCGAGAACUACAUGGAGACCCUGAUAGAGAAGUGGAUGAAUUCCCUUUCCCCAGAGAAAGUGCUAAGUGACUACUUAGAAGGAGUGAAUGUAGAAACCAGCUCCAGCCUCUCUGUUACCGUCACCACCAAAAAGUCCUCCCACUCCUGGACCUUCUCCUUGUUGUGCAAGCCGGCUAGAAAGCUGUACCGCAUCGCCCUGCUCUAUGAUGCCCACCGACCACACUUCUUCCUCACAGGGGUGUCAGCUGGGGAGCGGCUGCAGGCCCUCCCCAAAGGCUGCCAAGAGUGGACUCCGGGAGAGGAAACAGGAGUGGCAGCAGACAACGGCCUUGACCACUGUAUCUACAAGGUGGCAGUGGGCUUCAGCACAGAAAUCUUUGGUACCUUCCGGCAGACCGUUGUUUUUGACUUCGGCUCAGAACCUGUGCUGAUGCAACGGAUCAUGGUGGAUGCUGCCUCCAUUGAAGACCUGGAACACCUGAUGGCAGCCAGGCAGCAGCUCUUGAUCACUGCAAAGCGCUGGGACUCGUCCUGUAAGACCAUCGUAGAGUUCUCUCCCAAUGAAACAAUGGCAGAUUUGGAGCGCAGCCUCCUCGCCCGCUAUCAGAUCCCUCUGUCGGCCGACCAGCUCUUCACCCAGUCAGUCCUGGACAAGACUCUGACCAAAGACAACUACCAGGCCCGACUGCAUGACCUGCUCUACAUAGAAGAGAUUGCACAAUAUAAGGAAGUUAGCAAGUUCAACAUCAAAGUGAAUCUCCAGCUCGUCACCAGCUUCAUGCUGACAGGCAUUUCUGUUGGAGCCAAGUAUGCCCAGAAUGGACAGCUCUUUGCACGCUUCAAACUCACUGAAACACUUUCUGAGGACACAUUGGCUGGACGGCUAGUGAUGACCAAGGUAAAUUCAGUCCUGCUGCUGCCGCUGAGCCGUGAGGGGGUUAGCAGCCAGCCGCCCCCUGGGGUCAAAGAGCGUGUUUACGAGGCUGUGAUCGAGGAGAAGACCAAGGACUACAUCUUCCUAAGGAUCUGCAAGGACUGCUGUGAGGAGCUGGGGCUGCUGCCUGACAGAGAACUACAGGUGGAGCUCCAGUUCCAGCUGAACAGACUGCCACUCUGUGAGAUGCACUAUGCCCUGGAUCGCAUCAAAGAUAACACCAUCCUUUUCCCUGACAUCGGCCUUGUCCCCACCAUCCCCUGGAGCCCCAACAGGCAGUGGGACGAGCAGCUGGAUCCCCGUCUGAAUGCCAAGCAGAAAGAGGCCAUCCUGGCCAUCACCACACCCCUCACUGUUCCCCUGCCCCCAAUCCUCAUCAUUGGGCCCUACGGCACCGGCAAGACCUUCACCCUGGCACAGGCUGUCAAGCACAUCCUCCGCCAGGACCACAGCAGGGUCCUGAUCUGCACCCAUUCCAACAGUGCGGCCGACCUUUACAUUAAGGACUACCUUCAUCCUUACGUUGAAGCAGGCAAUCCACAUGCCAGACCUCUCAGGGUAUACUUCAGGAACCGCUGGGUAAAGACCGUUCACCCAGUGGUCCAGCAGUACUGUCUCAUCUCCAGCACACACAUCACUUUCCAGAUGCCCACAAGGGAGGACAUCCUCAGGCACCGCGUGGUGGUGGUCACCCUCAGCACCUCCCAAUACCUCUGCCAGCUUGACUUGGAGCCUGGGUUCUUCACUCAUAUCCUGUUGGAUGAAGCGGCCCAGGCCAUGGAGUGUGAAACCAUCAUGCCUUUUGCUCUAGCUAGCAAGACCACCCGCAUCGUGCUGGCUGGAGACCAUAUGCAGCUGAGUCCGUUCGUGUACAGCGAGUUUGCGCGGGAGCGUAACCUGCAUGUGUCACUGCUGGACCGGCUGUAUGAGCACUACCCCCCUGAAUACCCUUGUCGCAUCCUCCUGUGCGAGAACUACCGCUCUCAUGAAGCUAUCAUCAACUACACGUCAGAGUUGUUUUAUGAUGGGAAGUUGAUGGCAAGUGGGAAGCAGCCCUCCCAUAAGGACUUCUACCCUCUGACCUUUUUCACAGCCAGAGGAGAGGAUGUCCAGGAGAAGAAUAGCACUGCCUACUACAACAACGCAGAGGUAUUUGAGAUCGUGGAGCGGGUGGAGGAGUUGCGCAAGAAGUGGCCAGUGGCGUGGGGCAAGCUGGACGACGGCAGCAUUGGAGUGGUGUCACCAUACGCCGACCAGGUGUUCCGCAUUCGUGCUGAGCUCCGGAAGAAGAGGAUGCACGAGGUCAGCGUGGAAAGAGUGCUCAAUGUCCAAGGUAAACAGUUCCGGGUGCUGUUCCUCAGCACGGUGCGGACGCGGCAUACCUGCAAACACAAGCAGACGGCCAUCAAGCGUAAGGAGCAGCUCGUUGAGGACUCAACAGAGGACCUCGACUAUGGAUUCCUCUCUAACUACAAGCUACUCAACACAGCCAUCACCAGAGCCCAGUCCCUGGUUGCAGUUGUGGGAGACCCCAUAGCACUGUGCUCUGUUGGGCGCUGCAGAAAAUUCUGGGAGCACUUUAUCUCCAUCUGCCACGAAAACUCGAGCCUACACGGCAUCACCUUUGAGCAGAUCAAGUCUCAGCUGGAGGCCCUGGAGCUCAAGAAGACCUACGUCCUCAACCCGUUGGCUCCAGAGUUUAUCCCCCGUGCCCUCAGGCCCAUGCAAGGGCACCACUCGUCUUCGCAGGCCCUCCAUCCCCACCAUCAUCCACAUCCUCAGCAUGCGCAGCCAGCCUCCAACAAGCAGGGUCCACAGCAGCAGCAGCAGCAGCAGCAACAGCAGCAGCAGUCGCCCCCCAAGGGGAAACAUGCAAAUCACACAGAACACCUUCCACCUGAAGGAUAUGUCCAACCCAACCCAGCCGUGCUGAUGGGAAACCCUAUUCGGGCAUUCACACCACCCUUGGGUGGCACACCAGCUGGCAUGGGCAAAUCACCCAGUCCUGUUCAGAGGAUAGAUCCACAUACAGGCGCCAGUAUCCUCUACGUCCCAGCUGUGUAUGGUGGAAACAUGGUCAUGUCCAUGCCCCUGCCUUUGCCGUGGCCAGGUUACCAGAAUCGCUUUGCUGUGGACCCUCGCAUCAUGAGCCACCCAGCAGCCAUGGCCUACAACUUCAAUCUGUUGCAAGCCCAGAAUCGAGGCUCCCCCAUCCCUUACAGUGGGGUGGCCCAUCCCUCUCCUCUAGGAAUGGGCCAGCCCAGCCCUGACAAGGAGCUACAGGCAGACCCUAUCAGAAAUGGUAAAUUAGAAGGAUGUCCAAAGUCAGAACAGAUCCGUCUUCAGACACCAGAGAGGAAAACCGCAGACAUGAAGGAAAAACAGGCAAAUUUAGACACAGGCCAAAGUCGAAGUCUGGACUCGCAGUCAGACGGGCUAGUCGGAUUUCCCAAUGCGCUGCUCCAUCGAAAAGAUCCGUCAGCUGCCCAAAGACCCCUCAACUACCACCUGGCACCACCCAACCCAGCUUUUCCUCCACAUCCUGCCAGUGGAAGAGCCUUCCCUCCACAGUAUCCAGUCUCCAGGCUUCCUUAUCGGGUCAACCAGCCUCAGCACCCAGGGAUGGCCCAACAGAGUCAACAGCAGCAACAACAGCUCAGCCCUGCCUACACAGGUGGAAGCCACAACGCUUCCUUCUUCAGUGGCCCGAUACCCCCUCACAGAUCUGUCCAGUCUCCCACUUUGGAUGGGCCGGAGCCUGGAGGGGUGGAGGAGAUGAGUAGUUCCAUUAGGACUCCAAUGGGUCACCCAGGGGGGCACCACCCAGGCCUCUCACAGCAUAACAGGGUCAGCAGCUUUGGGGAGGACGCACAGGAUGGAAGCCUGGGAGAUAGUUUGGACCUCCAGGGUCCCUUGGCUUUAGAGGCCCUGAGCCAGCAGCAGCAGCAGCAACAGCAGCAACAGCAGGCGGCCAGACUGGGCCAGUGGGGAGAGACGGCGGGACACUUUCUACAGGGUAACGUCGCCUUCCCGCUGCCCCAACAGCUCGCCCACCUCGCUCAGCCCGGCAUGGCUCGCUUCCCCCAUCAGCUGCUUCGGGCAGCUAAUUGGGGCCUUAGUGCCAACAUGGAGGAUGACGCUGUUACUCCUGCCUCCACUGGGCCACCUUUCAACAGAUACCCUGGCCUCUUGAGAGAGAUGCCCCCACAGGAACAGCCUGAACCCAGGGACACAGCUGAGAUGCAGCCCCCACCUCAGUCUCGUCUCCUCCAGUACCGCCAGUCCCAGUCCCGUGCCUCAGGUGACCCGUCAUCCUCCUUAGCUGCCACCUCCAAUCAUGCUGGCCCUUUCCCAUCAGGACCUUACUCCCAUGACGCAGGCCGCGACCUCCUCAGUGACAACCUUCUAAACAACCCAGCUCUGCAGCAGCAGCAGCAACACCCAGGGAACCCCCUGUAUAAUACUGGUAGCUACCCACACCAGCCACCAGCCCACUCUGCCAGCCCCCCUCCCUCCCAGGUCAAAUACCUUCUGCAAGAGGCCCAGUGGCCUCAUGGCGGAGCUGCGUCAGUAAGCCCACCGCAGCAGAAUCACCUGUUGGGGAACCAGGGCCACGGCCUUCCUUACGGACUGCCCAUCAUGGCUCACCCCAGCAGGCAGGAGCAAGUCCACCUGAUGCAACUUCACCAUCAGCACCAGCAACAGCAGCAGCAGCAGCAACAACAACAACAACAACAGCAGCAGCAGCAGCAACAACAACAACAACAACAACAACAACAACAACAGCAGCAGCAGCAGCAGCAACACCAACAGAAUCAAGGUCCAGACCAGGAGUCCUACCACCCUCUGUCCCCCAGAACAUCAGCAGCCACAGCCCUUCACAAUGUAGAUGAGUAUGAACCCAGAGGUCCAGGCCGGCCCCUCUAUCAGCGGCGCAUCUCCUCCAGCUACCCAGAUGAAUCGUCUCCAGCCAACGCCCACAAUGCCCUGUCCCAGCAGCCCCAGCCCUGCACAUCAGACCCCCAGGACCACCCUCAUCCGCACAUACAGCAUCAUCAGCACCCACACGCCCCCUACAGUUACCCCUCACAUGACCUCUGGCCCAGUAACGGUGGGGGUCCCGGUCCGUUCCAGAACAUUCCAUGUAACGGAGCCGGCACACUUGCUCAGCACCGGGACCUUCUGGCUUCCAAGGCCCUUCGUCAGACGGAGGAGCAGGUGAAGGCCGAGGCCACAGCAGCACAGCAGACACACCCACACUCCCUCAAUUCCCUUCAGCACCUUGGACAGUUUCCUCCUCUCAUGCCCAAUAACAAGCAGCAGCAGCAGCAGCAGCAGCCGCCGCCGCCGCCACCGCCACAGGCUCCCACAGAAGCCAGCCAGGGAGCUCCAAAUUUAAACAAACCACCCACCAUGUCCUAUGCCAGCGCCCUCCGCGCUCCACCCAAACCCCGAGCUGUUCGCCCUGAACAGGUCAAAAAGAACAGCGACCCCCUGUCCCUCCUACAAGAGCUGAGUAUAGGAAGUUCAAAUGGUAGCAAUGGGUACUAUUCCUACUUUAAAUGAGUGUCUCUCCCAUAUAAUAAGUAAGUGAUGAAAUAAAAAAACAAAAAAACAAAACAAAAAAAAAGCAAAACGGUUCCAAAAACAAACAAAAAAAUAGUGCAAAGUGCAUUUACAAAUUGUUUCUAUCAGUAGGUUUGUUUUCUGCAUUUUGUUUCAUUUUAACUUUUUAUUUGUAACAGUCAUCUUUUCUCCUGUUUCACAUAUCUGUGAAGAAAAUAAGUAUAUAUAAUGAAUGCAUUACUGGUAUAUAUACAUACUCAUUAUGUAUAUAUGAAUAUAUACUUAUAUUAUCUACACUUGUAUAUGUACGUAAUGCUAAAAAAAAGUUAUAAAAAAAAACAAAACAAAAAAAUAAAUAAAAAUAAAAAAAAAGGCAAGAGUUGGUUGACCACUUAGCUACCUGCAUAUUUUUCCUUAUUGAAGUUGGUUUUGUUGGUUACUAAAUAAGUAUGUUGAAGUUUUUAUCAUUUUGUAUUCUUCAGUUUUGAGUGGACGUUACGUCUUGAUUUUCAUACUACUGUAGUCGUGGUAACGGACAAAAGCUAAGUGGUCAACUGACGCAGAAACUACAUGGAACAGUGUAUAGAAGUAGAUAAAUUUUCCUCUAAUCUGUAAAUAUAAAGAAAAUAAAAGACUGAAUUGUAUGCCACAGACAUGUCCUUAAAUUCCUGUAUCAUGCUAGCAUUUGCAUUAUGAAUUAUUUUCUGUUUGUUGGCUUCUGAUCCUUAAUUCUUAGACACCCUGGGAAUAGCUGGGAAUUAUCUUUUGUGAGUUAGUAGUAAAUGUGAUUAUUUACUGAAAAAUAACAAUACAAAUAUUGAUUGCGUAUUUUACUUUUCACCAACUUUUCAUCAGCAACAAUAGAUACAGUGUGAAAAUGUCAAAAUAGCAACGACAUGUCAUUCCUCCUUUGUUUGUGUUAAGGAUCAGAGAACACCAGACGUCGCUUUCUAUGAUAAGAAUAUCCCAAACUGCUUCGCUUGUGGCCGAUGCUCAGUCAUUUUAUUUUAUUUCUUUUUGUUUGUGUAAACAGAAAUCUUUCACCAUGGAGAUGUUUCAAAAUCUGCUGGGGAUAUGAAAUGAGUUUUUAUUUUUUGUGUCUAGAAUUGACAUUAAGCUUUUUUUGUUUUGAAAAGGUUGCAGUACUCUGAAGGUUUGUGAAAGUGAAGAGAGAGUGGUGAGGUCAGAGUGGUGUGUCACGAUUGGUAAGUUGAAGCCGAGGGUGUGAUGAACACUGCCAGACGUUUUUGAACACGUGAACUGUCGGUAUUUUUUGGUUAAAUCUGAAGUAUAUUGAAACUGUAGAAUCACAGUAAAUACCCUGACAUUUAAAAAUACACAUCAGUAAUUCACCAGUGUUGGUGGUUUUUGAUUUUAUCCUAAAUGGCCUAGAUGUCAUCAGUGUAGCAAAGAGCGGACUGUGUAUUAUUCUGAUUGUUAAUGCUGUCUAUGCUCUUAACACACUGUUGGUCCCAGAUGCUUUUCAGUCAGAAUUUCCCAGUUUCUAGAUGACUUUUCAUAAAAUGAGCCAGACUGCCCAAAGAUAAUUUUCUCUGUAAGACAAUCCAUUAAUAUCUGUGGAACCUUAUCAUAAACAAUAAUCAUAUAUCACUCCCAUGAGCUAAUAUUUGCUUCAGGUUGUAACAGAAACAUUGAUCAUUGGCCAUAAUAAGUGAAAAGCAUUUCCGUAUCACUAAUAUUUUUUUCUGUGCACAUUAGGAAAUGCAAAGCAAACACAUCCUCCAUCUGUUUCAACACUCAGAGAUUUAACCAAAAAAGUAACGCAGUAAAAGUUACUAUACAAUAAUUUGUUCAAAAUCGUGUGACUGUCAAAGUGUCUGUUUUUUAGACUGUGCAUAAUAAGAAUGAAUCAGUAAUGUCGUGCACGUUGUUCCUGGUCAUUCAGAGAAUUACAUUAUUCGCUGUUUUUCAGUCUGAUCUGAUUAAUAUAUUAAUUAAUAUUAAAGCAGUAGAUUAAUCUAAUUUCCUCUGUUUUAAAGGGUAAGUCUGAUAUUUUUCAACCUGGACCCUAUUUUAUGUUGUUGUAUCAAAGUGACUGAUGGGAACAAAAAAACUUGGAAUUGGUUCAGUACUGAGCGACACUACAGGAUGCAGUGUAACACUCGGGGCAUUUGCGCACCGUAAUGUCUGCUUAAAGUGCCAUUAAGUUUCAGAUUAUUAUUCAAAUUAUUAUUAUAAGUGUCUGACAAGAUUAUUGAAGGAUCCUUGCAGAGAUAGACCUUUUUUGUUAAAGACCAGAAACAGCCCGAAAAUCACUACCACCAAACCCACCAGACUCCAUAUAGAUAAACAGUUAUUUCAUCAUAGUAAAACACACUUGAUUCAAAGUCAACAGGAGAAAAAUAAAACUCACAAUAGCCCACUUGGUUUGUUUUUCACUGCUCCAACAAUCACCAACUUUGGUUUGGUUGAAAUAAACCCUUAAUUUACCCAGCUAGAUGUGAAAGUAUGCUGGCUCUAUACACACUUAAAUUUCUGGUGGGCUUGGCGAUUACGAUGUUGGAGCUGUUUCCUGUUAAAUAAAAAGGAUAUUACUCUUUGAUAAAAGGGCAUCGAAGGGAUACUUUAUAGGGAUAAUUUGCAUAAUAUUGUCACGCACUUGGAAUAAUAAUCUGAGCCUGUCAGUGGCAAAAACAAGCACUUUGAUUGGGCGUAAAUUGAUGGGUGAAUAAGCCUGAUUGGUUACAUUGCAGCCUUCUACGAGGCUGCUGGCUGCAGCGCUCUCACUGAAUACUGGAUCAGUUUUUAAAAAAUGUUGCCAUUAGUUACUUAGACACAAAAACGUGGGCAAUAGGGUCCAUGUUGAAAAAUACCUAACGAACCCUUUAAUUGAAAAAGCUCUGACCAAGUUUUACAUUUGCGACGUUCAUGUGACUUUCUUUUCUCACAACCUAAAACACAUGAUGAACAUAACACAGUGACAAUUCAUGUUUGAGCUCCAGUCAGUGAGUUGCUUGAUAUUAGUUGACACACACAUACACACACACACACACACACACACACACACGGAGGCCACACAGCUUACAUGCACAUGAGUUUCACUGCUUACACACUGAGGCCCCGGUGAUCUGAAGGCCCUUGCAGGUAAAAUAUAAAAACGAUGCUGAUCCUACAUCUGCCAAGGUUUUUCCUUUAUAAUGAAAGCAAUACUGGAAACACUCAUCCAGUGCUCAGUCCUGCUCUAUGUAAUUAAUUUUAAUUGUUGAAACACCACUGCCCCAUUUGCAAAUUGAUGAAAUUGUAAUAAUGUCACCCUGCCGUCUCAUGGCGUCCACACGGCAGUUAGUCACUGUUAAAUCUCUCAAAGUGUCACGACUUCGGAGAGAGCUAGUACCCCACGACUAAUAACUUAGAUGUGUUUGUAACAGUCAGCGGAGAGCUUCAUGGUUUUAUUUGUACGUGUUUUAAGUUUUGACAUUGUAUUUCGAAGGUCCAGAUUUUUUGACUUAGCGGAGAACAACACAUACUUGUAAAUAUGCAUUUUCUAGGUAUUUACAAACAAGAACUUUGGGAGCGCCUCAAUUUUGUAGAAGCUGUUCAAAGAAGAGGUAUGCCCUUUUUAAUUAUGCAAAUUCACAAAAAUAAUAAUAAUUCUAGAAAUGGACAACAACAACCCAGUUGGUAGUUGCGACAUCUUGUUGUAACUUUUUAGAUUUUCUCUUUUCUGUUUUUUUAAGACGGUGUCUGGCUGAUUUGACAAAGAGGAGACUUUGUGUUGCAGCUGUUAUAAGAGAACUUAUUUCACUGUACAAUACAUAUUUUUAAGUAUAUGUUGCUGGAUUUGUCCUGUUCUGUUUUCUCACCGCUGUACAACAAUCAACAUGGAUUUAUUUUUUUUUUUUAAUGUGAAGACUUUUCUUUUCAUGCAUGUUGAGAUGACCUGGCUGGUUUUUAUCCCUGUUUUUAUCAGUUUGUAUUGAUUUGUGGAUGAAGAAAAUGAAAAAGAAAAAGAAAAAAAAAAAGCUUUUGUUCAACCUACAGAGUCAAAUUUUGGUAUAUUAUUUGAUGUGUACAAUAACUUGUGACAUUAUCAACAAAACUAUUAUGAUAUUUUACUAACAUGUCAAUCAAAUAUGUAAUGGUCAUGUAAGUUCUUUUUUUUUUUUUUUUUUUUUUCCUGCAGUUACUUAGCAGGGCUAAAGCUGAGGUUGCUCCCUGGUGUGCAUCGUAUUUACGAAGCUUCUGUUUGUUUGGGGAAUCAUUUCUCCCCAGAGCAAAGUCGUUGGCUAAUCUCUGAAGUUGUGCAAUACUAAUAUUUCACCGCUUCUUCACUUUUAUUUAUUUUUGAAGCAGAAGAGAUUGAGCCAAAGACAUUUUAAAGGGAUUUUUAUUUACAAAUUUUUGUCAUUGCUGAUUUAUUUUUAAGGCUUCAUUUUUGUCCUUUGCUUCCAAAAUGAGUUUGACAGAAUCUGUGAAACGAAGGGUCUCUACUCUUGUAAUGAAGUUGGAUUUGAAUUGUUCUCAUCACCCAGUUUUGCACCAUAUAUACUCAUCUUAUGAAUUAUUUUCUUAAAAAAACAAACAAAAUUUGUGUUGCCUUUUAAAGAAAGCGAAACCAACUUGUGUGUGUGUGGCACAUGGAAAGGGAGCAACCUUUUGCCCAGCCAGUAGAGAGCACUGUGUUCAGCCUUCUAUAAACGCCACAUCUCUUCCUGUUAUCUGUUUGCUCUCCUCUGUUCUUCCCUCGCUGCAGUGAAUCAAUGGCACACCUGUUCUCCCAGCCUCCCAGUCCCAUUGGUUCCUCCCUCGUGGGUACAAAAUAAUGAAUAGAUCUGUUUUACUCUUCUUCAUUUCAAUUGGUGGUGGUUAUAAUAAAGGAUUUAGACUGUGUUUCAAAGGUUUAUUUUCUUUUUUAUUUGUUUCUCUAUUAAAGUGUUUUUAUUGAAAUUG